UUAUGCUUUAUAAAUUUAAAUUCCAUGACAAACCCAAUUUACAUUUCGACUUUGUGCUUUCCUUUCUUUUCGUCGUCAAGCUUCUGUAAUGGAACCUUCUUCCCCAAGAAAGCCUCACUUAUCUUCUCUACCUUUAGAUUCUGAAAACAAAGCCACUGAAUUCCACCCUUUCUCCACUUCACCACCUCACAUGCUCGCCUUUCACCUCGCAUGGCUCUCCUUGUUCUCUUGUUUCUUUUCCGCUUUCUCAAUCCCUCCCCUCAUACCUAUCAUGCGCCAAAACCUCAACCUUUCGGCCGCCGACAUUGGCGCCGCCGGUACUGCCGCUUUCAUCGGUUCCAUCUUUUCCCGCCUCGCUAUGGGACCUGUAUGUGACCUCGUUGGCCCACGUAUAGCCUCCGCCGCUCUCUCCCUCAUCACCGCCCCAAUAGUUUUAGCCACCGCUUUUAUUUCUUCCCCGACUUCUUUCAUCCUCGUUCGUUUCCUCAUCGGAUUUUGUUUAGCCAACUUUGUAGCUAACCAGUUCUGGAUGAGUUCAUUGUUCUCCACAUCCGUCGUCGGCCUCGCUAACGGGUUCGCCGCCGGUUGGGCUAACAUGGGAGCUGGGGUUGCUCAAUUAACCAUGCCCCUCUUAUACUCCUUCGUCAAAUCCUUUAACGUACCGGAAAACACCGCAUGGCGAGUCAUUUUUGUUGUUCCGGCGACUUUCCAAGCUUUAACAGCCAUAAUGGUCUUAAUUUACGGCCAAGAACUGCCAUGCAAGGACUCCAUAAAGGUUUCUAAAAUUUCAAACAAGCCAAAGGAGAGUUUUUUACGACUUCUAUUCAAUGGGUUGAUGAACUAUAGAGGGUGGAUAUUGGGUUUAAUCUAUGGCUGCUGUUUUGGGGUAGAAAUGACAAUGGAUAAUAUAGUAGCACAGUACUUUUACUACCGAUUUGGAGUGAAUUUAGAGGUUGCAGGGACGAUUGCGGCUUGUUUUGGGCUGACGAAUUGGUUUGCACGGCCGCUGGGUGGGAUUGUGUCAGAUCAGAUGGCGAAGCUGUUCGGGGUUAGAGGCAGACUUUGGGGGUUGUGGGCGGUGCUGACGGUGGCAGGUUUGCUUUGUGUAUUAAUGGGACGAGCUAACUCGGUGGGUGGCUCCAUUGGUGUGAUGUGUAUGUUCUCGGUGUUUGUUCAAGCUGCUUCUGGCCUUACGUUUGGCAUUGUCCCUUUCGUUUCCAAAAGGUCAUUGGGAGUGAUAUCAGGGAUGACAGGGAGUGGAGGGACAGUGGGAGCUGUUGUAACACAGAUGCUAUUGUUUUCGGGUGAUAAAUUUUCAACACAAACAAGCAUUUCUGUAAUGGGGCUUAUGAUGAUCAUUUGCACACUUCCAAUCUCUUUAAUCUAUUUUCCUCAAUGGGGAGGUAUGUUUUGCACUCCCAAUGAAACUUCAAUAGAUGAAGAAGAUUAUAGCUUGCUGGUUUAAGAUUUACAACCAACUGUGAGAUAGUAAGGGAAAUGCAAAACUAUUUAUCAAUUCUCUCCUAUUUGUAAUAUAUUGCAUUGUAAUAUAUAUAUAUAUAUAUAUAUGGUUUUAAGAAAUAUUUCUUCAAA